AUGGCGCGGAACGUGCUGUACCCCCUGUACCAGCUGGGUAACCCCCAGCUCCGCGUCUUCCGAACAAACUUCUUCAUUUGGCUGGUGCGGCCCAGCAUGGCCCAGCCUGAGGACACCAUGCAGUUUCAGUUUCGGAUCCCCAUGGAGAUCACCAGGGUGGACCUCCGGAAUUACCUUGAGCGUAUCUACAACAUGCCUGUGGCCACCGUGCGGACAAGGGUGCAGCAUGGUUCCAACAGGAAGAGGGACCACAGGAACGUCAGGGUAAAGAGACCAGACUACAAGGUGGCCUAUGUGCUGGUCUAUGGACAGACCUUCACGUUCCCCGACCUGUUUCCGGAGAAAAAGAGCCCCGACAGCAGCCCCAGCGGCGACAACGUCCAGGACAAACUCCUGGAGGAGCAGCGGCAGAGGCAGAGCCAGGAUCCCUGGCGCAGCGGCCUGCCCAACUGGUUCGGCCUGUAA